GACCGAGAGGAUACAUAGGAUAUCCUGGGGCACCUGGUUUCGAAGGCAGGCCAGGAGAAAAAGGGCGUAUGGGGCCCAAAGGUUUCCUUGGUGAUGUUGGAUUACCAAGCUCAAGCGUCAAAGGAGAACAGGGUGACUAUGGUUUUCCAGGGUUAGAUGGAAGGCCCGGAAUGAAAGGAGAGAUGGGCGAUGAGGGAUUUGCUGGUAUUAUGGGAUUACCAGGAUUGAAGGGUGAAAGAGGUGACUACGGCGAUAGCGGUCGACCUGGUCCUCAAGGCAGAAGUGGCCGUAAAGGUAUGAAAGGUGAGAUGGGCACGUAUCUCCCUGGUCCAAAGGCCGAAAAAGGAAUGAUUGGGGAUGUCGGUUUCAUGGGGCCUGAAGGUCCGCGUGGAAUGCCAGGCAUGGAGGGUGAGCCCGGUGAAGAUGGUUUACCAGGCGAACAAGGAGAAGAGGGAGAAGUUNUAAUC